ACACACACACACACACAGAAGGCUGGAGCUGCAGAUCGCUGCUGUAAGGAGGGAUUGAGACAUUAAAGUACACUGAGUGCUGAGACCAGAACCCAAUAAAGAGACAAACCCGCUUCACGAGAUAGAAAGGAGCAGAGGAUGUCCAGAGCUGACUGGUCCUACCUGGAGCACCUGCUGGAGGAGGGCCAGGAGUAUUCGACAGGCAUUGGCCGUGUCUGGCUUACCGUGCUCUUCCUGUUUCGCAUGCUGGUACUGGGAACCGCCGCCGAAUCCGCAUGGGAUGACGAGCAAGCCGACUUUGUCUGCAACACGCAACAACCCGGCUGCACUGCUGUGUGCUACGACAAAGCCUUCCCCAUCUCCCACUUUCGCUACUUUGUCCUCCAAGUCAUCUUCGUCUCCACGCCGACCAUCUUCUACUUUGGAUAUGUGGCUGUAAUGGCCAGUAAGGAAAAGAAAAAAGAGGAUGAGAAGGAAGCAGAGGAAGGUGGUGGUGGAGGUAAGAAUGGAGGGAGAGCGAUAGAAAGGGACAAUAACCAUGUAAGUAAAGACAAUGCAGAAGAGAAGGAGAAACAAGGGGACCGUGGGAAAGGUCGAAGAGCUGAGAAGACUCUACCUGACGCUCCUAAACUGAAAGGAAGGUUGCUGUGUGCGUAUGCAUUCAGCAUCCUGUCAAAGGUCCUCAUAGAGGUCGGCUUCAUCCUGGGGCUGUGGUUCCUCUACGACGGCUUCUUCAUCGCAGCCAAGUUUGAGUGCACGUGGUCCCCUUGCCCUCACACCGUGGACUGCUUUGUCUCCCGACCCACGGAGAAGACCAUCUUCACCAUCUACACUCAGGUGAUCGCCGCCAUCUCCCUGCUCCUCAACGUCGUCGAGCUCUUCCAGCUCUUCCAGCUCGCCGUCUCCCACCGGCUGGAGAAAUACUACCGUAAACAGCAACAAGACUACCUACCUCGAUCAGACCAGGUGCCGGCUCGACAGGAAGCUCCCGAACUUCAAACGGAUCCGUCGAAGUCGUACAAAGCGGGGGGCCAUGUCGACCCCCCCAUGCUGGGUGAGGCUGCAUGCUUCCCCAACCCCUGUGAGAGCUACGGGGAUCUGGCGAUAGAGGUGAACUGGGGACCCGGGGAGUCUGGGGCUGACCUGCUUCCCAGUUAUAUGAACUGCAUGGGGGCUAUGAAGACAACACAUUCCCCUCGAGUCCAUUAUAAGGCACGCGCACAGCACAAUGGGAAAAAGACUAAGGGGGCCCAUAAGGCACACUCAAAGCAGAAGCAUUAUGUGUGAUGCGUGUUGCUCACGACCAUCAAAGCUGUGUGGUUUUUUCGGGGUCUUCCAGGUUUUUUUUUUUAAUUUAUAAAUAUUAUCCUGCACAUGACACUUGACUAUCAGGAGUGCACAAUGAGAGCUCAAACAAGGGAGGAAGAAAGUACAACUAUUGCACUGUGAACUCGAUGCCUCAGAGGCAGGCAGAAGAAAAACAAAAAGAGAUUUACCAGAUAAGUGGACCUAUUCAAAAGGAAACAUUUUGGGAACACACCCCAAGGCAAAGAAAAUGAGACUACACAAUGAGAGAAGAUUACAGUCAUAAGAUGCCUUCAUGGCGGUGGAAAAAAACAGCGCAGCGGGGGGUCUGCGGUGGGCCUAAGGAUAUUGUGUGAGUGUGUAUGGGAGAGCGUGCAGUAGAACCAGAUUUAAGCAUAUUCCUCUGAGAUUUGCACUGUAACCCCUUGAGUUCUUUGAACCUCCCCCCUCCUCUCUUUUUCUCCCAUGGCUCCGUCCACACUGUGGAAUGUACUGGUCUCUGGAUCCUGCUCGGCUCCCAAGAGGAUAAUGGCUGCGUGGAUUAAGACAUGCAUGCAUGCACACACACAAUGUCUAUUCCCCCUUUCACCCAGUAAGUUUUUUGGUCAACUCAAGUUGGGGACGUGGACUCGGGAAGACAUGGGUAAAGGGAAGGAGAGCCGCCAAACCACAGGAAUUCUGGGAUUGUAAAUGACUAAUCAUUGCCGUUAACCAUAGUAAUUUAAUAAUGAAGACCGAAGGAGAGAGAGGACCACCGCAUACUAGUUCAUGAAAGCUGAAUAAUGGAUGAAUGCAUCCAGUAUGAAAAUUAAACAUUUUUUCCGAGAGCUUGAGAGAGAACUCAAAAGAUGCAUUAGUGAAAUGCAUUUUGAAUGGACUGAAAGUGGUACAGAAAUGUGCAAACUUAAUGAAAUUAAAUUAGUAAUUAUGUGAAAACUGUAUUUAAUGUUUAAAGUAUUAUGAAGAAAAAUACCUGUGUUAAUAUUUAUUUGUUU